CACACACACACACACACACACACACACCCCCCCCCAACAACAUCGCGAAGCUCCGCAAUACGCAAUACAUGAAAUAUAUCCAUGCUAUACACGACACCCAUGAUGAGAUGAAGCACGCCCGCUGGAUGCCUUCCUCGCAUACACAUCCCUUCCCUUGAUAGCCCCCCCUCAAGCAGUGCAGGCAUGGCGCAACGCUCGCACACGGAGAGCUGCAAGCCCGGCGACACCCUCGUCGUUGUGCAUGAGUUCCUGGCCCGGAGUCCCGACGAGCUCAGUCUGCGGCGCGGGGACCGCAUCGAGCUAAUCGAGCGCGACGACGACUUUGGCGAUGGCUGGUUUCUGGGCAAAAACACCGAGACCGGGGACAAUGGCCUCUUUCCUGAGGUCUACACACGACCGGCACCGCAGCCUACGCCCAUCCCCACGAUGCUCUCGCGCAAUCCAUCCCAGGCAUCUACGCGCCUCGAACCCCCUCCUGCCACCCCCAGCACUCCGACGUCUGAAACCCCCUCUAUCCAGCCACUACCCGCAGCGAACACGCCCCCGCCCCUGAAAUCUACCCCGACCGAACCGCUAAACAUCCCGACCGUGACCGACUCCCCGCGCAGGACGUCGCUGCAGGCCGCGCCCAGGAGCAUCAGCAUGACCCUCAGCGGCGAGGUGCCGCAGGAGGAUGAGACGAUUGGGAGCCCCGUCAUGCACGAGACGCUCAGCGUCAUAGACGAGCACAUUACCGAUAUGAGCACCCCGCGGCACAGCACGGCUGGCAAGGAUCUGCGAGCCAACGACUCUGGCAGCGAGUACAGCAGCCACCACCGCCUCUCGUACAUGCACGGCCAAGAAACGGACGACGAGGAGCAGAAUUGGCACACGGAAGAGGAGGUCAAGACGUGGUCGCCAGCCCGCGUAGCAGAGUAUCUGGAAGACGUGGGCGUGGAGAAGAAGCACUGCCAUGUUUUUCGCGACCAAGACAUUGAUGGCGAGGCGCUGCUGGGUGUGGACCGCAAUUUCAUCUUCAUGCAGGAGUUCGACCUGGGCCCUAUGGGACCGCGCUUGCGCACCUGGAUGAAAAUCAAUGCGCUGCAGUCCGAGGUCAAAAACGCAAAGGAAGCCGCCAGAGUCAUGCAUGCGGUUCCUUCGCUAGAUGGUCAUGAUGAUUUCCCACCCGACCCUGCCAGGAACCGAGCUGCCUCGACCAGCGCUGUCCUGCCUCGAAUACCAACUCUGAGGGAGAGCAUAGGCUCCCGAGGCACUCCCAGUCGCCAGCAGCUACCUCGUACACAAUCCUCCACAGGCCGCUCCAGCAUCUCGACCUUUGAAGCCACCUCGCCACUGAUACAGCACAUGGCUACCUCGCCUACUCUUGGUUCGCCUAGCCGGCCCUCUGCCGCCUCGGUCCGCAACAUGAACCACAACAGGCGCCAUUCUUCCAUCGACUACAACCAGAACACACCUACUCCAGGCUCGCCCGUACCCACCAUCCUACCGCCUUCGCACAAGAAAGCACCAUCUUUUGACCGCAACUGGACCAUGGGCGCCACACCAAAGCCUCUGCACGACUCGAUGAGGCCGUCCUCUGCUCAACACACACACUCUACAAGUACGAAUGGAACUGCGUUUGACGCUCGGGAAAGUGGCAUGACCUCUCCUGUUGAGCUCGACAGGGGUUACUUCUCUGGUGGAGAAGUGGACAGCCGGAAAAACCGUAAUGUGCUGCGAAAACGAGACAGUACGGGACACUCCCGCAAUCCCAGCUAUAGCAGUGACGCCGGGCGGCGCAUGUCGUACAGCAGGCGCCACAGCAGAAUUGCAAGCGCAGACUCCAUGGUUGGGUCAACCAGUACAAUGUCUCCGGCUGCGAAGCAGUACUUCGGUACUGGCACCAAGGGCGAUCGCAGCUCAACCACGUUCGACUUUGUGCGACCUCUAAAACCUCCAGCCGAUAUGAACCCAACGGUCACGAAGCUCACUUAUGACUCGCACAGCAUUGAUGCCAUUGCAAAUUCGCCCAACAUGCCUGGGAGCGAGACUUCUAGCACAGGCCGGGCCUCACCUUCACCCGCCGCCCAGACACACUCACGCUCCUUCUUUAGUAAGAAAUCUCAGUCGCGAGGUCUUCGAGCAAUAUCAGACGCCAUCACAGGCGGCGAAAAGGCAAACGUAAGCGCUGGUGAUGUGACAGCAUCAUCGAACAAAGACUCUCCAAUGCAGUCACCGACUCGGACUGGUUCUAGCACGCCAUCUGGCACCGAAGUGUCAAAGAGUUUCGACCUCGAAAAACCAGACAUGGUCAAACGACUCACCGGCGGCUCGACCGCGACCAAGGAUGGAGCCAAGAAGAAGAGUAAGAAGCACGGAACAAGCGCCUAUCUCAAAGGUCGCCAGCAGAUUACACCUCAGGAUGCCAUGGCCAAUUGCGACUACAGUGGCUGGAUGAAGAAAAAGUCUUCGAGUCUCAUGACUACUUGGAAGACACGCUUGUUUGUCCUGCGUGGACGCCGUCUUUCCUACUACUACGCUGAAGACGACACAGAAGAGAAGGGUCUCAUUGACAUAUCAUCGCACCGCGUUCUCCCGGCCAACAACGAGCGAAUGACCGGUUUACACGCCACGUUCACUCGAGCAACGUCUUCUCCUUCGUCGCCCCAGAACGCUACAAUACAAACAGCAGCAGCAACGGACAGUGCUAAUGGUAUUCCUGGCAUUGAAGAGGACGUGUCGGGCAUGUUCAUUUUCAAGCUUGUCCCUCCGCGCGCUGGACUACAGAAAGGCGUGCAGUUUACCAAGCCCAUAGUGCACUACUUCGCAGUCGACAGUCUGGCAGUGGGACGAUUAUGGAUGGCCGCUCUGAUGAAAGCCACUAUUGACCGGGACGAAGCGCUUCCGUUUACCACCACGUAUCAGCAGAAAACCAUUUCCCUUGAGAAGGCGCGAGUGAUGCGACAGCGCCCUCCGAAUCUCAUGGACGAAGACGACACAGAAACUGGGUCUGCCGAUAAUGAAAAGAAAAGCGAGUAUUCGAAAGAGAGUAUCCAGGAAAGCGUCAUCCAUGAGGAAGACGAGAAAGGCCUUGCCAUCUCAGGACUCGACGAGGCGAAAGCUAUACUUGCCUAUGCGGAUACCAAUGACUCGACGACGGAGACCAAACACGAGAGUACGACGACGGCUACGACGAGCGCGACUUGACAAACUACUUCCAAGCGGACCUUUCCUACUUUUCGAAUAGUAUAUCCAGACUUUUUCUUUUUCAGGCUAAGGCAUAUGCCAUUUAAUUCAUUUACCACGAGCGAAUGGGAUGCCGUCGAAUGGCGAGAUUAGCGGGCGUUAUCUGCAGCAAUACCUCCAGGCCUUGUCACGAUGGAGAAUGGACAUUCAUACCCGCCAAUCUUUCUUUUAUCUAAUCUCUUGCAUACUGAUGAAACUUUACGACGGCGAAUCCCAAGGAAAAGCUUAGUCAAC